CCGCCCAUUCCCUCCCUCCAAAAUGGAUUUCCUGGAUAAAGUCUCUGUUUAGCGCAAGAAAGGGCAAUGGGAUUUCGCAUCGGUCUGUAAUUGUCGAGAACACAUCUUGCUGACAUUUCUUGAAUUAUCGAUCAAGUUUGGCGAUGGGUAUUCAAGGGUUGCUGCCGCUUCUGAAAUCAAUCAUGAACCCGAUUCACAUUAAGGAUCUGGAGGGUUGUUUCGUUGCCGUCGAUACGUAUUCUUGGCUGCACAAAGGCGCUCUUUCUUGCAGCACUGAGCUCUGCAAAGGCCAACCCACAUCCAAGCACAUUAACUACUGUAUGCAUAGGGUGAAUAUGCUACGUCAUUAUGGUGUCAAACCCAUUCUUGUAUUUGAUGGGGGUCCUCUACCAAUGAAGAAUGAGCAAGAGAUUAAGCGAGCAAGGUCUAGAAGAGAAAACCUUUCCCGUGCUAUGGAACAUGAGUCAAACGGAAAUCUAAAGGCUGCAUUUGACUGCUACCAGAAGGCUGUUGAUAUAUCACCUUCAAUUGCUUAUGACCUUAUUCAGGUCUUAAAGCAGGAAAAUAUUGCUUAUGUUGUUGCACCUUAUGAGGCAGAUGCACAAAUGACAUUUUUGGCAGUCAGCAAACAUGUUGAAGCUGUUAUAACGGAAGAUUCAGAUUUAAUUGCAUUUGGUUGCCCAAGAAUCAUCUACAAAAUGGAUAAAUUCGGGCAAGGUGUUGAUUUUAAGAGUGCCAUGCUACAACACAACAAAGAACUAAAUUUAGAGGGAUUCACCCAAAUGAUGCUGUUGGAGAUGUGCAUUUUAAGUGGGUGUGACUAUCUGCCAUCUCUCCCAGGAAUGGGCCUGAAAAAAGCUCACGCUCUGAUGAAGAAGUUUAAAAAUCACGAGAAUGUCAUCAAGCACUUGAAGUACAACAGCAUUGAUGUAACUCCACUUUAUGAGGAAUCAUUCAAGAAAGCAAUUUUGACUUUCAAGCAUCAACGCGUUUAUGAUCCUAUCAGUGACGAUAUUGUACAUCUGUCUGAGCCAGUUGGCAUUGCUGAUGAAGAUUUAGACUUUUUAGGCCCGUCAUUGCCCCAGCAUGUGGCUAAAGGCAUUGCAGAAGGAGACAUAGAUCCUAUCACUAAAGAUCCCAUCCAAAUAGAAUCUGGUGCUGCUGAAAAGACACUUCAAGCAACUUACCAGCUCAAGUUUUUCAAGCCUGACGGAAAGGAGAAGAUUGAUUUGCCUGUGCAGAAAAAUAUUCUCACAAACUACUUCUGCUUCGCUUCUCUUGAGGCAAAGAGGAAAUUCAGGGCCCCUCGAAUUGUACCAAAUGAAAACAAUAAAACUUCCAGUCCUAGCCUAGGUUUACAUGAGCAAAGAGGAGUCAUGGGAGAUAAAGAAAUGCUACCACUUACAUCACUGCAAAAUUCAGUAUGUAAGCCUUGUAUCUCCUUGCACAAGGAUCUUGACUCUAAUCAAGAAAACAGAAAGGCGACACCAGGAAAUAAAAAUGUUAUAGUGAGAAGCUCAUAUUUUAUGAAAAAACCUAAUGGGGAGACAGGGAAGGAAAAUGAGAGUGAUGUGUACAACAGUGGUGAUAACAAAUUGGACACAUUUGCAUCUGAGAAAACAUGCAAAACGGAGGAGAAGAGAAUCACUUUAUGUAGUCCUUAUUUUCGGCCCAGCAUCAAGCAAAAUGCUAAUGGUCAGACAAGCAAUCUUUUCGAGAAGUAUUCCUUCCAGACUCGCAGUUCAAAAUUGUCUGACGUAGACAAUGAUGGUGAGUCAAAAAAAAUAGUCGAGUACCCAAAACACAGAGUGAGGAGUUCUUUUUUCAAAGAAACUUCUGUAAAUGAGAAUCACCUGUCCAAAGACAAGACAAUCAGUGGCAUUGCUGAUGAGUCUCACAAUAACAGUCACCAGGGGCUGUCAACUGAUGAUUCAUUAGAAUGCACGGCAAAGAAAAGAAAGUUAGCUCAAACUGAUAGUCCAAGUGAUGCAAAUGAUAACAACUGGAGAUCAGGUUACUCUUCUGAUCCAGAGGAUGAAGAGACACCUCAAGAGGGAAAGUUUGGCUCCGAUAUUAGUCAUUUGGGGCGUUAUUCUAAUAUAGCAGAAAAAUCAAUGGAAAGGUUUGUAGCAGUGAUAUCAUCAUUUAGAUACAGUGCAUCUGGAUCUCGUGCUAGUGGUCUUCGUGCCCCUCUAAAAGAUAUAAAGAACAACUUCAAGAGAAGGAGAUCUAUACAAUGAAGCUCAACCCCAGAAACUUGUUUAUGCACCCCCAGAAGCAUCAAGAUACCAUAAAGCUUAAAGUUUUAAGUUUUGGUCCAAAUGCAUCAACAUAAAAGGGCUAGUCUGAGAUGCAUGUUCAUUGCUGCUGCUUCUUGCUUCCAUUCAUACAAAUGUCAAGAAAUCCAGAAGUCCAUGAUAUUUUGUUCAAUAUCUAUGAAUUCCUACCUCAAGCAUAGUGGUAACCUUAGUUAGGCGUGCCCUCAUCAUCAUCCAGAUAUUGUAACUUUAUUUUUUUUCAGAAAAAAGGAAAUUACCUUUUCCUAGUCC